AUGGUCCUUACCCUAAAAGAUGCCCCGUGGAGAUGUGAGUCAGAGCGUGCCAAGCAGCUGAGGGGGAGGGUGGGCACACGUCAGUGGGAAGGCGCCUCACUCAGUGGGGUGCCCAGUUCCCACACUCUUUCACUGCAGAAGACAGCUGUCUGUCUCAGUACAAAACUUGGCGCCACACAACAAGCCAUUAGUGUCUCCUGUGGCUCAGGAAUCCAGAAGCAGCUGAGCUGGGGGAUUGGGGCUCAGGGUCUCUGGGUGCGGGAGGAGGACCCCAGGGCGUUGAGUGCCAGGGGGUGGCGCCUGGGGGCCGCUGCACCCGCCUCUGCAGACUCCAUGCUGCGGGGCGGCCGCCUAGGGAGCCAGGCACAUCACGGUGAUGCCGUCCUCUGUAAAACAGCUGGGAGACACCAGCAGGGUCAGAUAUUCGAAGCUUACAAUAUGGCAGCUUUGUGGAAAUUGCCUUGUAUUUUCAUCUGUGAGAAUAACUGCUAUGGGAUGGCAACAUCUGUGGAGAGAGCAGCAGCCAGCACUGAUUACUACAAGAGAGGUGACUUUAUUCCUGGGCUGAGGGUAGAUGGAAUGGAUAUCCUGUGUGUCCGGGAGGCCACAAAAUUUGCAGCUGCCUAUUGUAGAUCUGGAAAGGGGCCUAUACUGAUGGAGCUGCAGACUUACCGUUACCAUGGACACAGCAUGAGUGAUCCUGGAGUGAGUUACCGGACCCGAGAAGAGAUUCAGGAAGUUAGAAGUAAGAGUGACCCUAUCAUGCUCCUCAAGGACAGGAUGGUGAACAGCAAUCUCGCCAGUGUUGAAGAAUUAAAGGAAAUUGAUGUGGAAGUGAGAAAAGAAAUUGAGGAUGCUGCUCAGUUCGCUACUGCUGAUCCGGAACCGCCUUUGGAAGAGCUCGGCUAUCACAUCUACUGCAACGACCCACCUUUUGAAGUCCGGGGUGCAAACCAGUGGAUCAAGUUUAAGUCCAUCAGUUAAGGCGAGAUACACACACCUUCAGGGAGUUCUUUGGCGGCAAGUGUAAGGAAUGCUUUGUGUUCUCAACUUUGUCAAGGAGGAAAACCCAUAGAGAGAAGGCGUGUAGAUUGGGAUAGUGUUUGCAUGUGGUUUGUACGGUGUUGCAUUAAAAGAGGUGAUCGCACACAUAAGGUUAUUUUAGUUCUAUAGGCCUAAAAUAGGUCAUAGUUUGCUUAACCCUCCAAAUUAUUUCUUUAAAAUAGUUCUAUUUGAUUUAGUUGUAUACUAGUUUUAACACAUACUUUAGUUACUAAGGGCUUCCCUUGCGGUUCAGCUGGUAAAGAAUCUGCCUGCAAUGUAGGAGACCCCGGUUCGAUUCCUGGGUCGGGAAGAUCCCCUGGAGAAAGGAAAGGCUACG